AUGGGGUGGAACAAUCACUCCUGGGUGGCCGUCGUGCGUAUGCCGUUUCGCCGAUCUACGGUGUGCUCGUCGGUCGAAACGUACCACGAGUUGUUGGGUGGUUUGAUGAUGGCGUACGCUCAGCAUGAUCCUUUCCUUGAACCGUCAUGUUUGGGGGGUACCUUUUUGUACUAUAUCACGCGCGAAAUACAAAUUAAACCGAUCCUGCCUACUUCACAGUCGAAGGAAAAGUGGUCAAGGGAUCGCAUUAGCCGUCAGAUCAAAUGCGCUAUUGAUCUUCGGGACCGGAAUUGCCUUCGACCAAAGAAAUUCACCCGCACCAUCGAAAUCCUUUCGAGCGAGAAGACACACCUAGCUGAAGACUACCUUCUUCGCACAGCACAGCAAGACGUCUUCCGAACCGAGCUAAACAUUCUCCGACGCGACGACCGCAACGCAACGAUUCCCAAGCAAAGUCAGCUGUACCAGCUCAACCCGUUCAUUGAUGAAAAAGGAUUGCUGCGCAUGCACGUGGAAAUCGCCAACCCUAUCAUCCUUCCGCGCGACCAUCCGAUAACGAAUCUCAUCGUUGAAAGCUACCACCAGAAGUUUGAUCAUCAAAACCACGAGUCAGUCAUCAACGAAGUUCGCCAGAAAUACUGCAUCAGUUGUCUACGCAGAGUAUACGCCAAGGUCAGGUCCAACUGUCAACGCUGCAGGCUGCGGGAAGCUCGUCCCCGUCCUCCAGCAAUGGCUGACCUACCAAAGUGUCGACUAGCAGCUUUUGUUCGACCGUUCACACAUACCGGCAUCGACUAUUUUGGACCGAUGGAAGUGGCUAUAGGGAGAAGGGUUGAAAAAAGGUGGGGAGUUCUAUUGACUUGUCUCACUAUUCGCGGGGUCUACCUAGAUUUAGCUAGCUCUUUAACAACAAGCUCGUGCAUAAUGGUGAUCCGCAACUUCAUUGUGCAACGAGGAACACCUUCCGUUUUCUACAGCGACAGAAGAACUAACUUCAUCGGAGCCGAUCGGGAGUUGAAGCAAGCCCUACAAGACGUCGACCAGCACAAGAUGGCUCAGGAGUUUGUUUCGUCCGUCAAGCGCACCUUAGUGGAACUGCAUCUACCCCAUCGCCCCAAAGAGGAAGAACUGAGGAGUGCUCUGGUCGAGAUCGAAGGCAUCCUCAACGCACGGCAGCUUACCCACGUACCCAUCGAAGACGACGCCGCACCAGCGCUCACACCGAACCAUUGGUUGCUGGGCAGUUCCGACGGAUUUAAACCAUGGACCGAACUGGAAGUCAACUCCAUCGCUUUGAAUCGAGGUUGGCAUCUAUCGCAGCAGAUCGCGAACCACUUCUGGAAAAGAUGGCUGCGGGAGUACCUGCCGGAGAUCACCAGGCGUUCCAAGUGGCAUCAGAACGUACCACCGAUCAAAGAAGGUGACAUCGUGGUCAUCGUCGACUCGGAUCUGCCAAGGAAUGCUGGCUCGAGUGACGAGUUAUCGGAACGGUAA